CCAUUCUCCAUUUUGCAGAUCCGUCUCCGGUGAUGAUACACUGCUACUAGUGGUAAUGACAGUAGUUGAGAUAUGUUGUCCAAAUAAAAUGCUGCACUGACAGCAUGACUCCAUUCGUGCACAAAGUGCUUUCAUCUGAAAAGACCUCCUACGGAAAAAAGCUACUGAACAGUGCUUCAUGAAACCAGUCCAAUCGUUUCGUGCUUCUUUUAUACAGAGUCUCCUUGUGCUAUAUCUACCAAGCGUGGCACUCGGCGGUGAGCAUGGCGUUCUUCAUGGAACGGGAGACAGAACUCCUCUGACCGGAGGAAAACUGGGUUUGGCGGCUGUCAUGUUCCUUUACUCUUUCCUUGCGUGCUCACUUCCCGUUCUUAUUGUGAACUGUGUUGACCGAAAAGAGCAGUCCGCAGCUGAUCAAGAAACUGACAGUUUAUUGACUAAAUCUGGUUGCUUUUCGCGGUAUUGGACACCUGAAAGAAGGACGAAGAUAAUUAGCCGGUCCAACUGCCUGGCCGCUGGCGCGCUUCUCUCGGUCGGUUUUCUGGACGUAUUCAUUGACACCAUUGAAUGUUUUGAAUCGGCGCUAGCAAAAGUGAAUGUUACAACUGACUUCCCUUUGGCAUCCUUUGUUACACUACUGGGAUUUUUCCUUAUCCUCGGCGUCGAACAGAUCACACUGGAAUUCUUCAGAACCCCAGGGACAGAUGUGCCGAUGCAACAUCAAGACGGUAGUGCAAUUCAAGGAGCAAUCAUUCGUCGAACCACAUCACAGAGCUCAUCCAUAAGUCAGCGGACCACCAGUUUGACUGCGGUCAAUGAAACAGUUGCGAUUCUUCCUGAAGUACUCGAUCCCCGUGGUUCGCUUAUGCCGGAAUUCGAAUGCCUGUCGGUAGAGUCAGAGCACCAAGGGCAUCAUCACCACCAUUCGACAAUUAUACAAAGCGGAUGGAUCAGGGUUUUGACGCUGUUGUGUGCAAUUUCUCUACACAGUGUUUUUGAGGGAAUGGCACUUGGCUUGACCAAAUCAUACACAUCCCUGUUGACCCUGUUUGCUGCGCUUUCAAUGCACAAGAUAAUCAUUGCUAUCAGCAUAGGUAUCAAUUUGGUCUCUGAGACCACCAAACAAAGGCAUCUCAGGAACGGGCGACAGAACAGUGUGAAGCUGCACGUUUCCCAAGUUGCCGCUAUAUUGACAUUUUCGGGGGCAUCACCACUCGGUACAUUGAUUGGCUGGGCUGUCACUAACCAAUCGGACUCUACGAGCUUUCUGUUUGCUGAGGCUACCUUACAGGGCCUGGCUUGUGGUACCUUUUGCUACGUUGUGUUUUGCGAACUGCUUACAAAUGAAAUCAGAGAUGGCUCAGGUGAUAAACCAGGGAAAUUUCUCUUCCUUAUCAUCGGCUGGGCUUUGGUGGCUUUGGUCAUCGUGUUGAGUCCAGGAGAGGCAUGAAGUUUUAAACACCACAACAGCUAGUGAUGUUCGGUCACACUGCUUUUUAAGCUGCCAUCUGGAGUCCACCGACACUACUCGUGAAACAACCAGCUCGUCAAUUGAUAGAAAACGUUGUUUCUAUACGUUUCCCUGUACUGCCACCUAUUUUUGUAAUUUUCGUGCAUUUACGUGCCUUUUUUGAGAAAAUAAAA